CAAAAGGACACCACAAGAUGGCGAUCGUGCAUCAGCAAGAAAAUGCAUCAAAUCAAGGGUGUUCAUGGCAUGCACGUUCACAACAUGGAUAAAAGUUGUAUCAUGACACCUAACCUUUUAUCCUCUCCAGUCUUCAUCGUUCAGGUUUAGAAGUCAGUUAUUGCAGAUAACAUGGGUUCAUCAUUCCCCCACCAAACAUCUUCCAUCAAAAGCUUCCACCCUCUGCUCAAGUACCAGGCACUGAAACCUAAUGAACCUUGCUGGUAACCAUGUUAAACUGGCCUGAAGUUACCUGAGCUCAUGACUAGUUCCAUGUAUAAUUCAUCUCCUUGGUAAUCUACUUACCUUCAGAGAAGGAAUCUGACUCCAUUAGCCUGUCUACCUGCCCUGGAGAAGGACUGAUGUUUGGAGUCUGUUACCAGGUAAUGGUUUAAGAUCAUGGCUGAACAAAGGCAACGGGCCCUGUCUACAUCAGGAGAGGCCCUGUACCAGGUUCUUGGCCUUGACAAAAACUGCACCCAUGAUGACAUCAAGAGGUCCUACAGGAAGCUCGCUUUGAAAUAUCACCCUGACAAGAACCCCGAGAACCCUGAUGCCACUGACAAAUUUAAAGAGCUCAACAAUGCUCAUGCGGUGCUGUCUGACGUCACUAAGAGGAACAUUUAUGACAAGUACGGCUCCCUGGGUCUGUAUGUGUCGCAGCAGUUUGGGGAGGAGAAUGUGAACACGUACUUCAUGCUCUCCAGCUGGUGGGCAAAGGGUCUGUUUGCCAUCUGUGGCUUGCUGACGGGUUGCUAUUUCUGUUGUUGUCUGUGCUGCUGUUUCAACUGCUGUUGUGGGAAAUGCAAACCGCACACACCUGGAGAAGAGGACCCGGAGUUCUAUGUGUCUCCCGAAGACCUGGAGGAGCAGAUCCGUACGGACAACGAGAGAGAUGGCGACACUCCAAUUGUGCUGCAGCCAACCAAUGCUAGUGAGAAGACCCAGCUGAUCGGUGAUGGACACAGAACAUACACCUAAAAGCAAAAGAGUCAUGAUAGAUAUUAAUUUUAAAAUUCUUUUGGAAUAUAUUGUUGUCUUUUACAAUAUAAUGUUUAUGUCAGGACUGAGAAAACUAAAAAUACUCAACUUCUUAAGCUUUGUUUAGCCAUGCUGUCUGUA